CAUUGCUAGCUACCACAUUCCUUGAUCUUUAUGUUCCUUUACCCCAAAAUAAGAAAAGAAAACCCUAGAAAUGACACUCCAAAAUCAAAAGAGAAUACAUACAUCGGAAAUAUCGAAGGACCCUCCCACGCUUCUACAAGAAAUCAUCCUGGAAAUCCUGUCAAGGCUGCCCGUGGAAUCGUUGUUACGUUGUAAGUCUGUUUGCAAAUCAUGGUCUUGUUUAAUUUCCGACCCCCAUUUCAUCAAAACCUAUCUCAUGUUUUCAAUAAGCAACAUUCGGUAUGCGCAUCAUAGAUUAAUCUUCAGUACUGUCCCUAGAAUUAAUCUCAAGACAUGCCCUCUGUACGAUGUUGUGUGUCAUCAUAAGUCGAAUAAUGUGUUGGAAGUUGAUUAUCCCUUGAAACACCCUCGUAAAUCCGUUUGGAUUGUCGGUUCUUGUAACGGGUUGUUAUGUAUUGCUAUUGAGGAAGAUACUCUGUUUCUCUGGAACCCUAGUACUAGGAAGUCGAAUCAGCUACCGCAUUGUGGGUUUAAGGCGCGCCAGGGUGGGUAUGCCUUGUACGGGUUUGGGUACGAUGAGUCGACCGAUGACUAUAAAGUUGUUGGGAUUUCUUGUGUUUUUAGAUCUGGGCAUAAGUAUGACACCAAAGUGAAGAUAUUUUCCAUGAAAGCUGGGAACUGGAAGAAACUUGGGGAUUUUCCUCAGGGGAUUCCGUUGGAUGAUUCGGGUAAGUUUUCUAGUGGAGCUCUUCAUUGGGCCGCCAGUCGGGAUUUCGGGUCGGCUUAUUCGUGGACGAUAGUUUCUCUCCAUCUAGCAAACGGGACUUAUGGACAAGUGUCGCAACCCGUGUAUGAUGAAGGCGAUAAGGAUUUGAAUUUGGGGGCUCUAGGAGAGUGGUUGUGUGUGCUUUGUAAUUAUCGCGGUCAUCGUGCUGAUAUGUGGGUGAUGAAGGAUUACGGAGUGAAUGAAUCUUGGACUAAAUUGGUUUCCAUCCCGUAUCUGACUGAUCCUGGGAGGGAUCAAUAUUCUGUUCCUCUGUGUAUUUCCAAGGAUGGAAAAGUUUUGUUGCAAUUUGGGUCAAAAUUAUUUGCAUAUGAUUCCAGGAAUCGUUCAUUCUCCGAGGUCGAGAACUUUGAUGAAUGUCUUGAAGCAUGCACUUAUGUGGAAAGUUUGGUAUCACCCGAUACCCCGAGCAGGCCUUGGAGGUGAUAUUAAGAUAAAGGCUCUCUCUGUGUGUGUUUGUUUUUCAAGGUCAUCCGAGAGCAUUAGAUCCUCUUCACUUUUACAUAUCUUGCUUGAUGGCUUGUGAAACCCCACUUUGUUUUGUUUAGUUGUGUUUUCAGAAAUGCUAUAUGCUAAUUAUGUUAGAAUUAAUGUGUACCAUGCAUCUGGUGAUCAAAGUUAAUUAAACAUUGGGACAAGUUAAAGUACUUCACUGUUUCGGCCAAA